AUCAUGAGGUUUACUAUUUUAGUUUUAGGGCUCCUUGUGGCACCUCCAGCUGUUGUUCUCAUUCGUCGCUUUGACAGUGAGAAAGUGUUUCGGAUAAAGCUUCAGAAUGAAAACCAGGUGAACUUUCUGAAGGAUCUGGCCUCUACAGUACAGCUUGACUUUUGGCACCCUAAUUCAGUUCAACACAUUGUCAUCGGAACAGAUGUGGAUUUCUGUGUAGGUUCAGAUCAAACAAGUUUUGUCCACACAAUGCUGGAGCAGAAUGGAAUGCAAUAUGAAAUUUUAUUCCAUAAUCUACAAGAAGAGAUUGAAAAACAAUUUGAUGGAAGGAGACAUUUCCACAAGAAGUACAGCUAUACAAGAUACAAUGACUGGGAACAGAUUGUUGCAUGGACUGAAAGAAUGGCUAAAAAUAACCCCAAGCUAGUUUCGCGGAUCCAGAUUGGAAAGACUUAUGAGGAGCGCCCUAUGUAUCUUCUUAAGGUUGGGAAGGAGAGUGGAAAGAAGAAGAUAAUCUUUAUGGACUGUGGUAUUCAUGCACGAGAGUGGAUUUCACCUGCUUUCUGCCAAUGGUUUGUGAAGCAGGCUGUCACAACAUAUGGAAAGGAUAAGGUUAUGACCAAGCUAUUGAACAAUCUGAACUUCUACAUUCUUCCUGUGUUCAACAUUGAUGGCUACAUCUGGACAUGGACUGAAGACCGCAUGUGGAGAAAGAAUCGUGCCAAUAAUUCCAACAGCAGUUGUAUUGGUACUGAUUUAAACAGGAAUUUUGACGCCAGCUGGGGCACCGAAGAUAUCUUCUCCCACGACCCUUGUGAAGAAGAGUACUGUGGUCCCUCUGAAGAGUCUGAGCCAGAAACAAAAGCAGUUGCAAGCUUCAUUCGUGACCACCUUCCUGCCAUCAGAGGAUAUAUAAGCUUCCAUUCCUACUCUCAGAUGUUGAUGUUUCCUUAUGGCUAUGCUUCGAAAACAGUCCCCAAUCAUGAUGAACUGAAUGAAGUGGCUAAGGAAGCAGUGGAGGCUUUAUCUAGUCUUUAUGGCACAAAAUACACAUAUGGGCCCAUUGCCUCUACAAUUUAUCCUUGUUCCGGUUCCUCUGUAGACUGGGCUUAUGAUGAAGGCAUUAAGCAUGCAUUUGUCUUUGAGCUUCGCGACCUCGGCCGAUAUGGCUUUUUCCUCCCUGAAUCAAAGAUAAGAUCAACCUGUAAGGAGACUAUGCUGGCAGUCAAACACAUCGCCAAUUAUAUCCUCACCUCUGCUACAUGAAGACACUUCACAGUUACUUACAAAUGGAAUUAGCUCCUCUUUGUCUAUCCUUCCCCCCCUUUUUUUCCUUGAAAUAGUGUCCUAUUUUUCCCCAUCACUUUUUUUAUUAUUUUGUCAAUGGCUGUCUUUCUGUAAAGAGCAGACUUGUUAGCUCUCGUCUUUACUACAGGGUAUCAAUGGGAUGCAUCCAGACUUAGUCAUGGUUAGAAUAGGUGGGGUGUGGGGAACCUUUGACCCUCCAGAUGUUGCUGAGCUACAACUCCCAUUAGCCCCAGCAAACAUGGUCAACAGCCAGGGAUGAUGGGAGUUGUGGUUCAGCAACAUCUGGAGGGCCAAAGGUCCCACACACCUGUAGAAGGCUCACUAAACAAAUGAGGCUUAAAUUAGUCCCCAUUCAUUUCACUGAGUCAAUUCUGAAUCCAAACCAAUCAUUUCACUUUGGUCCUAAAUGUGCUAGGGAUGGGUUUUUCUACUAAACAAAUUUUUAUACAAGCACAAAUUAGAUAUCUGCUGAGUAGCUCUUGGAUGCAGACUGAUUCACACUAUCCUUUUAGUAUUUGUGCUGUUAACAUUUGUGCUGGCUUCAUUCAAAUCUAUCAAGACUCACUCCCCAUUCCCACUUGUUUUUGUCUCAUCUUGCAUUUUCACAUAGCGUUAAUGCAUCCUAAGCCAAUAUAUGUUUAUUCAGAAGUGAGUCCUAGUGAGCUGAGCGGGUCUUAUUCACAAAUAAGUGAGCAUAAACUUGCUGCCCAAGGCCAGCUAAGCAUUGUUAGGAUCUCUUGUGCAUUAUUUGUAUGCAUGUGUAAUGUUGUUAAUGUAAAACAGAAAAAGCAGGGAGCCAUUUAAAAAACAAAAUUUGCUUUCUAGCCUCAUAGAGUUUAUAAUCCAGUUACCAAUGCACAAGAUAAAAAGAAAGAAAGAAACUUUCUAUCUGUGCUUUAUGAA